ACAUAUUAAUGAGUGCGAGAAGGGUUCAAGGAUGAAGAGAAAAGUUUCCCAAAGCUUCACUCUCCUCCUGACUCUCUCAGCUCCACCAUGGUCGAAGCCUUCUGUGCCACCUGGAAACUAGUCCACAGCGAGAACUUUGAUGACUACAUGAAGGCCCUGGGGGUGGGCUUCGCCACCCGGCAGGUGGGCAACGUGACCAAGCCCACGGUGGUGAUCCGCCAGGACGGGGAAAAGCUGGUGAUCCAGACCCAGAGCACCUUCAAGAACACCGAGAUCUCCUUCAGCCUGGGAGAGGAGUUUGACGAGGCCACGGCGGAUGACCGCAGCUGCAAGACCACUGUCAGCCUGGAGGGUCAUCAACUCAUCCAAGUCCAGAAGUGGGAUGGCAAAGAAACCAAGUUUGUCAGAGAAAUUCAGGAUGGCAAGAUGGUCAUGAGCUUGACGUUUGAAGACAUCCACGCUGUGCGGACGUAUGAGAAGGCAUGACUGGUGUGACGUCUCUUGUUGUCAGGCUUUUAUUAACUGCAGGCUAUUAUGUUGAACUUUUCAAUCCAACAUGCUCCAAAUGUUUUAACACAGUGGUUAUGUUUUUCUUUACUUAUUUUUCAGUUUUUUUUAUUACAUUUUCAUUGUGAUGGAUCAUCUUAUAUAAAAUAAAUAAAAUAAAAUAAAAGGCCAAAUGCAA